CGGAUUCACAACAAAAAUCAUUUUUUCAAUAUGGCGGACGCAGGUGAGCAAUUUUGCGAUUUUAUUUCGUUUUAUUUUGUAAUUUUGACAGGUUUUCAUGCGUGAUUUUCUCUUUUAUAAUGUGUUGUGUUGUUUAUAAACUAUUAGACUGUUGUAUUUCAGCGAGAGAUUUGUUGUAUUCCUUAUAAAACGGUGAUAUAUAUUCAAUAUCUUCCGGGCAUGGGGCAGUGUAUCAAUAUAUUGCAUAGGGCAGUACCCAUGUACGGUACAUUUAUAACUUAUUCACUGAGACCGAGGAAAACAGCGUGUUUUGUGCCCCGAGACCAUUGUUGUCACCCUCAGAUUCACUUCGGGCAACAACAGCGCUGAGGUCUCUGUAAAUAAGUGUUUUAUUAUAUAGCAAUUGUCAAAGUCUCAAUUAUUCAGCUGGUAUUCCAAAAGUGUAAUAAAACCGACCGGCAGACAUGCGUAAACUCUUGAAAGAACUUUAUUUUGAACUUGCUGGUUCAUGCGAACAGCUUGUGCCUCACUUCUGGUUUUAUUAUUGACCGGUCAAUAAUAGACAAUUCCCAUUAUAGACUAAUUUUUUAUCUUGGCAAAAAAAAUAUAUUCCCAGAAAGAGCAUACUAAAAUAAGUAAAAUUGCAAAGUUUGGUUGCGAAAUGUUGUAAAAUGCGUAAAAAUAUAGCUUUGCAAAGUUCGCAAAUUUUGUAUACUUUUUUAUGUGCAGAAAUUGCUACCACAUUUGGGCCGAAAAUGGUAGCAAUUUCCGCACGCAAUACAAAUUAAAAGUAUACAAAAUUUGCAAACUUUGCAUUUUCCACAUUUUACAACAUUUCACGACCAAACUUUGCAAUUUUACUAAUUUUAGUAUGCUCUUUCUAGCUGUGGUGAUUUAUUUGCAUCUCCUUGCCUAGUUUUAAAAUUAGACUAUGAUGGGAAUUGUCUAUUGUUUCAUUGUUGACCGGUUGCCCACUCACAAUGCAUGUAGUGAACGUGCAUGACCAGACGUUUUGUGGACCGACAUGUGAUACAGUUUUGUCCAAUCGGCAAACAGGAAAAUUAAAGUGGAGGUCAAGUCCGCUCUGCGCAUCGGUUCUGCUCAUAACAAUGUGAGGACCUCUCAUGUAAACAUUGCCCAAAUUUCAAAUGUUUCGAAUUUUUCUGAACAAAAAUUUACUCUAUUUCAUAUUCAUUUAGAAGCACAGCGAACCAAAAUGGUGUUAGAUAUUCAGGCAGUACAUCAUACUGUAUUUUAAAAAAUACAGCAGUUCAAAAUGUAAACAAACCGUUUGUUUACAUUACGGACUUGACUUCCACUUUACAGUCGAUUUCAACUUACUUUUCACUAAAAUGUUGCGAACUUCGUUCCGAACUUCGCAAAUUUGUUGCCAAGUUCAAAAGUUCAUAAUGAACUUCACAAACAGGUUUGUAAACAAAGCCUCUGAUUGGCUAUUAAAUCAAACCAGCCAAUCAAAUGCUCAGUUUACAAACCUGUUUGUGAAUUUCAUUAUGAACUUUUGAACUUGGCAACAAAUUUACGAAGUUCAGAACGAAGUUCGCAACGUUUUAGUGAAAAGUAAGUUGAAAUCGACUGUAAACUUGGACACUUGGUAUAUAAAUAAUCAUUUAUAUAUUUGUUAAAUUCCUGAAUUGUUUUGUUAAGAUCUGGAGUUGGAUUCAGAGCGGGCGUCGGCAAACUUGACGCACCAGACGGUGAGGAAGAAUAUUUCAUUGAAACUAAAACCCAAGACUGAAGGAAAGUCAAAGAAAAAAGACAAGAAAAAAAGCGAGAAGAAAAUCCAUAGUGAAGGUAGGGGAACUUGUUGUUUAGGUGCCAUUCAGCCAGGGUGAAUUUCUCAAUUUUCUGCGCCGAAGAUUUUUUCGAAUUCAUGUAAAGCUGCGCCAAAAUCUGUGCCAAGAAAAUCAUUGCAAAAAUAUGUGGUUUUCGGGAAUUUCUGAAAUUUUCACCUAUGCGGGCGGGGGCUGGGAAACUAAUAUGCAACAAAUAAGGCCAAAAAAAUAUGUGGGUUUCCGGUUUCUUCUUAUAAAAACUUAGGUAGGGUAGGUUGGUAACCGGACAUUUUGUUUAGUCAGUGCUUCCACAUCCAAAGAUAAAUUUCCCUAAUAUUGCCUCAAAUUUCAAUUUUCCACAAACGUUUUCCUCUAAGUGGAAACACUUGAUCCAAUAAAAAAGUUUAGGGUCGGGAUUUCGACGUCCAAAAGCUAGGUAGGGUCGGGAAACCGGAAACCCACAUAUUUUUUUUUGCUUAAUGGCAUUAUGUAACACACGCUCAAAACUAUUGAAUAUACUUUCCAUUUGGUUAUGACUAUAUUCAAAUUUUUAAAUUUUUGAUAUGUUUCUCAAGCAGCAACAAACUUAAGAAGUAUGUUUAGUGCUUUAUCUGUAAAAUGACAACAUUUAGUUUGACAACUGAACCUGUUAGUAUUGCAUAGUUACAGUGUCCAAUUUUUCAAUGCUGUCUUGUCAGGGCGCAAAAUACAGUAAUGGCCGGCCAACGGCCAAUGUCCGGCCAGAAUGCGGAGUUGUCCGGUCAAAUUCUUACCUUGCUGGUUAUUUUGACAGGUCACUUGGUAAAAGAACAAACUAAUCUUCAUUUGAAUUAAUAAUCAAAAUACAUAAAGUUGUCAAGUAUUAUAAAUAAGAACCAAUUUUUUGGUGUCGAAUAUUUUGCGGGAAAAGAACUUCAAUGUAUGCCAACUUUCCUCCAACGCGGUACGUCACAAAGCCCAUGGCCAUGCCUUUCACUGUAAGGCCAUGCUUUUAGCGCAGUGCAAGCUGUUUUAUGUGAAGGAUUAAUUACUGAUUACAGCAGUCAGUAAGGCUUUUUGUAAUGCUAUACUGGGAAAAUAGUCACAUUUUUAAGGGUAUACUUUACUAGGCUUUGCUUUAAGCUGAAUAAUUUGACCGGCCAGAAAUUCGGUACGUCUGAGCUAAAAUUGAGUUGGCCGGGAACAUUGACUGGAGACCCUCCAGCUGUUAUUUCUCUGCUUGUGGUCCCACAAAGUAAAAUAUUUUUUCCACACUUGCAGGUGAGAAAGAGAGCAAGAAGAAAAAGACAUCAAGCGAAUCAGCGUCUUCUGCAACAAAACCUGUCAACGAAUUACUUUGGAAUCAACCGGUAGAUCACUGGACCUACACAGUACUCAGCAGCAUAGCCAGUCUGAAGAUUUAGCCCGCUAGUAUGCAAAUAUUUUCAUGUUCAUUGCCUGUGAAAACAAUCAGUUUCUAAAGAAAUGAAUAAUGAUAAUAAUUUUGAAUUUGUAUAGCGAGACUAAAUUGUCGGGCUGGCUACGCCAGUGACAGUACUGUCCCCUUAACUUGUUAAGUCGCAGGUUGUAGCAAGUUUCCACCCCCAAAAUUGCAAGCAAUAUGGAGAAUUCUUAAGCAUCAGCGCUCUCCCCUUGAUGAGUAAAAUUGUCUGGCGUUAGACAGAGUAAAAUACUAAAGUAGGGUGCAUCAGGGUGCAAUGCGACUUGAUGCGUUAACUAGACACAUGGGCCGAUAGGUCAGUUAACCCAUUAAGCACCAGCACUCUCCCCUUGACGAGUAAAAUCAUCUGGCGUUAGACAGAGUAAAAUACUAAAGUAGGGUGCAUCAGGGUGCAAUGCGACUCAAUGGGUUAAGUUCAAAGGCAAUCACUGAAAUAGCAAUACAUAACUCAGAAACAAUGGGUCAUUCCAGAAAAGAUCCAUACUCCACCCACGGAGGAAAUUUCUGCCGUCCGGAGGGGGAGGGGAGAAAAAAUUGUUUCUGAUAAUAGUAAAUGUAUUAGGACAUAGGGGGGUUGACUUCCUAUUUCCUCCAUGGGGUGGUAUGGAUGUUUUCUGGAAUGAACGAAUUUUAUAAAAUGUUCUGACUUUUUUUAUCAAGAAAGAAUGAUAAUGAUUGAUCAAUUUUAGUUUAAAUGAGUGCCCGCAUUUAAAUAUAUCAUUAGAUUUUUGGAUGAGAUUUCUUGGUUUGUGCAAAUUUAACUAAGUCCCUGACAUUUUCUUCAUGACACCCAACAUCUGAAGGGCAAUAAUGCCAUAACCCUACAUAAAUGCCCCAAACAUUUUUCAUUUCUAGUUGUUACUUAUUGGUCAGAAAGUUCAAGAUCCUUUGCUACAUCAGUGUGAGACAUGUGCCUUGCCUAUACUCUUGUAUGGAAGAAUGGUAAAUGUAUUAUAUAUCAUUUUGUUUUGGGUAAUCUUCAGAAUUACAAUGUUCAUCUACAGCAUACAAAGUUGUCCGACCAAAGUGAAAUUUGAACAGAAAUUUGCAAAUUUGGUUGAACAUUUUUUCAAUUUCAUUUUUCACUAAUGUACUGUAUAGACCCAUUGCACUGACGUCACAAAUCCUCAGAGUGUCCUCCAGAUGCUCCCUAACAAAAUCUGUUCGGGUACAACAACCACAUACAGCGCGAAAAUUAACCAUUUUAAUACAAAAGUUUUAAUACAAGUUUUACAAAAUUUGCUUUGUUUACAAAAGUUAUAUUAUGCAUAGAUUGCUAAUUUGUUCUCCAGAUGCAUCGUCACCGGCGCUGUGACGUCAUGUGCAAUGGGUCUAUAGUUCGAAUGCAUUUGAAUUUUUCUCUAGUGUAUUCUUUGCAGGGUGGUCAGAUUGAAUGAAAUUAUUUUGCUAGUUUUUGGUCCAUUUUUUGACCAGAAUUUUUUGACCAUUUUUCAUAUCCUGUUUCAUGUUUUCUAGAGUCCAUGUAAACAUGCUUUCUGUCUGGCUUGUGCUGAGAAGGCCAGCGGAAAAUGUCCCAGGUAUGUUACUAUGUUUCUUUUUAUGUUUGUACAUGUAUGAUUCACUUGAGGACACACUGACUGUUCUGUAGGUAUUACUGUACAUUGAGCUGGUGUCUGUCCUGGUGGACAAUCACAAUUUCCCUUACGUCUGACAAAUGUCAGAAGCGUGAAGUUGCUUGAACAUUGGCUAUAACUAAUGGUCAGAUUGCUUUUCAUUAUUUACAUUUGUUGGGCGUGCUAAUCACUUCCAGGUGAUCUUGAUACGCCGAAAAGAACUGGCACUAGUUGUCAAAUAGAAAUCCAUUUUAUGAUUAAAACAACUGAAUAUCUCCUGUAAUAUACUUUAUUUCGAUUCCAUAUUUUUGUCAGAGCUAUAGUUCUCAUAACCAAACAUAAUUAUAAAAUUUCAACUUGUUUCAUAAAGAAUAAUGAAAGAUAUAAUUGACUGAAUACAUCAAAAUGGAUUUCUAUUCGGACAACCCUUUCUGAGCGCUGAUUGGCUAAAAUACGAACACGAGAUCACAUGGUUCCAUAUGACUAAUCGAUGGAAUAAUAACGAUGAAUGCCACCAAAAAUUUCUUGGUCGUUUUUUUUUAAAUUUUCUACAUGUCUGGUACCAUAAACUUGGUAUCAUAAACUUCUGUUACCUGUCAUAGCGAAGCCAAGAAAAUGUGUUUUUUUUCUUUUUUAAUGCAUCCUUUUUGAACAGAACUUAAUUGAAAUGAAAGCUGCGUAUUUUAUCUGAUUAGUCAACAUGUUCAAACAUACAUUUCGUAUUUUUGUUUGGGAAAUAGCCGAUUGUCGACCUUCAUAACCCACUCUGGUGUUUGUGUCUUCUGAAUUGUUUCCAACAAGAUUGUGACAAGGAAUAGCGUAGUUCAUUUUGAAAGCAAAUUUGUUUGCGAGCACUAUUAAGCGAAAGUCUUCAUAAAGAUGUGUGACUCACUGAGCUCAGAUAUGCGUACUGCUGCUUCAGUUUCGAGUUUUCAAUUUCAGCUUAAACAACAUCUUUUUUCAAAAUAUUAGUCUCACAAUUAUUAUAUUUUAUAUAGUUUUGUUAAUUUUUAUGUAUCUAAACUAUUAAUUUGCUUGUUAAAUAUUCCGAUCUCCAUGUAAAUUUUCUAUAAAUAUUACACUGUAUAUAUAUAGCUACCUAAGUAUGAGGUGCCCAACGUUUUAUAAGCUUUGCUUCCAGUUGGGCAUCGUCGCCACCUUUUAGACAUUUCUUUUGUUAUUUUUGUACUUUACUGUAUGUUUUGUUGUGUGGUGAAUUAAAUUCUAUCUUCUAUCUUCUAUGUAAAAGGCAUACUGUAACUGUGGAAACGUUUAUACAAUACAAUCACUGCAAUGUACAGAAUAAAGAACUGUGCAAAGUCCAUAAACGUUUCAGGGAUUUUUGGUAUGUGUAAUAUUUUGGUCAUUCGAAGAAGAAAUGUAAUAGAAAGAAAGAAAGAUUUAUUAUGCACAUGAUAUUAGUAUUAACAAGUUAUUUGUUGAAAUUAUAGAACUUAAGAAUUAUUACAUAAUGAUGUAUUAUAAACUUAGAUUGGAUGUGCGCAGUAGCCAAAGUAGCGUGAGCUUUCGAGUUGGCUACUGACAUAAUAUAUCUUUGUAAUAAAAAAUCCCAUCUUGAUCAACUUUUUCACUGUCAAAGUUUGCGGAUAUGAUGUCAUUAGGUGAAUUGCAAAUUACUUUUCCUUUGUUUUUUGUACCAAAUAUUCACCAAAUAACAUCAUAUCCGAAAACAUUGAUAGUGAAAAAGUUGAUCAAGAUGAGGAUUCUUACUAUAAAGAUAUAUUACAUUUCUUCGUAGAAUAACCCAAGUUGUACACAUACCAAAAAUUAUAUUUGAGGUUAAUUGCACUUUAAUGGACCUAUUCCCUAUGAACAAAAUUUUGAUCUCAACAAGUCUAGACAAAAAUUUUAUCACGGUUUGAAAGAGCGUCACAAAAUUAGUAAUAUUCCGACGUUUCGUUGCGAAAUGUUGUAAAAUGCGGAUAAUAUAGCCCUGCGAAGUUUGCCGUUUUUAAGUCAUUUGAUAUUACAAAUGGGAAAUUGAUAAUCAGAUGAUCAAACUGAUGCAAAAUGUUAGAUUGUAAUGCAAAAUGACUGAAAAACGGCAAGCUUCGCAAGCUAUAUUAUCCGCAUUUUACAACAUUUCGCAACGAAACUUCGGAAUAUUAAUAAUUUUGUGGUGCUCUUUCAAGCUGUGGUGAAAUGUUUGUCUAGACUUGUCUAGAUCAAAAUUUUGGUCAUUAGGGAAUCGGUCCAUUAAAGCCACUAGAAACCGAUGAGCACAAAACCUCCGCCAGCCUAAUUCCAGUUCGACUGCAUUACAGAUGCGGCGAAAUCGUGCAGCGUAUCGAACCAGCCAGGUUGGGGCAUGUGUUCGUCUGUUCAUUUGGUGGUAGCCGGUAUGGCAUAUCAGGCUGUCGGCGUAGCUACCUCUCACAACGAGACCUCCAUGCUCAUAUUAAAAGACGCCACCAAGCUGAGGGCAGCACGGCUGCCAGUGACUUGUCUGCUGAAUUUGCGGCCGAUCUGAAGAGAUCUGAAAUGCCCGCAUACCCGAAUCCUAUGCCAGCUGUUCCUAUCCUGCGGGAGAACCUUCCGCCUCAACCUGAUCGCCCAUUUCAAGGUAUGCUGUGUUUAAUAGUUUGUAUUUAUAUUUUGACAUGGUAACCUAUUAACUUUUAAAAUUACAUGGCAUGUAAAUACUGUGGUGCA